CAGUAGUAAAGGUCAAAGUUGAAGUAUACAGAUACUUUGAAAGAGGGAAAGAAUUGGAACCUGAACGAAGUAGGAACUGCAAUUUCUCAUUCCGUGUUUUUCUCAGAUUUUGCGUGCAAAACUAGGGAGAACCCUAGUCUCUGUGAAUGCUCUACUGCGUUCUUCAAUUUCUUCUCCAAAAAUCGUUUCUUUUUCACGCAUUUCUCAACUCAAAAGGUUGGCACAACUUUUUAUGGUUCUGUUUGUAGAUUCUAGGGUGGCUGAGGGAAGAUAUAUUGUUAUUUCAAUUUCAUGGAUGAGAUAUAUAUUAUUAGUUCGUCAGAUGAUGAUGAGUUAGAGGAGAUAGAUGUUCAAAAGAGAACUCUUCCAACAACUAAUGAAAGGAGUUCAGAUUAUGGUCGGCGGGAUAAUUCUUCAACAGGGGCUAAUAGUUCAAACCUAAGUUCUUCUAGUUUGUAUAAUCAUUCACAAAUCAAACCUCUUACACUACCUGUGUCCAGUACCAAUGCACUAAACCACAGAAUUGUGCGAAGAGAUGAACCUUCAUACCAUGCUCAGAAUGGAAAUACAAGUCCGCAACAACCAGUUAAUUCCCGAAUUUCAAAGUCUCAUGGUGAAGAUUAUGAGAAAAUGUCAUCUCAUCAAGCUUUCAAGAGGACCCUUCCUUCAACUCUUCAGCCUUCUGUAACAAGGGCUCUUCCUUCUCCUUUAUUUGCACCAGACAUCCGAUUAAGCAACUUAAAAGAUAGCACAGACAAUAGUCAUCUUCAUGAUACAUAUAAGAAUCGUCGCCAGGGAAUAGGGCCUAGCAUAUCCGGUGAUAGGGCCUACAUUCGUGAUAGUUUUAUCAGGGGCUAUGACGAAGGUCAUUUAUUGUAUCAAAAUGGUGGGAACAGGAUUCUUCCAUCAUCUUUGGUGUUUGGAAAGGCCAUAACUCCACACUUUGCAAUUCCUAGUGAAUCUGCGUAUCGUUCUGGAAUAGGUGAUGAAAGGUCAGCCGAAAAUGACGAGAGACUUAUUUAUGAGGCAGCAUUACAGGAUAUCAGUCAACCUAAAACAGAAUAUGACUUACCUGCUGGUGUAUUGUCUGUCUCUCUUCUGAGACAUCAGAAAAUUGCAUUGGCUUGGAUGCUUCAGAGGGAAACCAAAAGUUUGCAUUGCUUGGGGGGGAUUUUGGCUGAUGAUCAGGGUCUUGGAAAGACAGUAUCAAUGAUUUCCCUCAUUCUGGCAUUGAGGUCAUUACAGUCAAAAUCAAAAACAGAUGAUGUGUUCAAUCAUAAAACUGAAGCUUUGAAUUUGGAUGACGAUGAUGACAAUGGUGGUAUAGAUGUGGAAAAGCAUAAAAAUAGUAUGGAAGCUGAUGAUUUGUUUCCUAGUAGAGAACCUAGCAGUUCAACACAGACACCUGGUAGAAAAAGGCCAGCUGCUGGUACCCUAGUUGUCUGCCCUGCCAGUGUUAUGCGACAGUGGGCCAGGGAACUUGAUGAGAAAGUUGGAGAUGAAAAGCUUUCUGUUUUAGUUUAUCAUGGGGGCAGUAGGACUAAGAAUCAUGUUGAACUUGCAAAAUUUGAUGUGGUUCUAACAACAUACUCUAUUGUGACUAAUGAAGUUCCUAAGCAACCAUUAGUUGAGGAUGACGAUAUUGAGGACAAAAAUGGGGAAAGAUUUGGGUUAUCUUCUGAGUUUUCUGUUAAAAAAAGGAAAAAACAAUUUAACGGAAAUAAGAAGGGUAAAAAGGGUAGAAAAGGAAUUGACAGUUCUACGGAAUGUGGUUCUGGUCCUCUUGCAAAAGUAGGUUGGUUUAGGGUUAUUCUAGAUGAGGCUCAAACAAUAAAAAAUCACAGAACUCAGGUGGCUAGAGCUUGCUGCAGCCUUAGAGCAAAAAGAAGGUGGUGCUUAUCUGGAACACCUAUUCAAAAUACUAUUGAUGAUUUGUAUAGCUACUUUAGAUUCCUGAAGUAUGAUCCUUAUGCUGUAUAUAAAUCAUUCUACAACACCAUAAAGGUUCCUAUAUCCCGAGAUUCCAUUCAAGGUUACAAGAAACUUCAAGCAGUUUUAAGGGCCAUAAUGCUACGUCGUACAAAAGGAACUUUGCUUGAUGGGAAGCCAAUAAUCAAUUUGCCUCCUAAAACAAUUGAGCUCAGUAAAGUGGAUUUCUCCAUUGAGGAGCGAGCCUUCUAUACUAAGUUGGAAUCAGACUCACGCAAUCAAUUUAAUGCAUAUGCUGCUGCUGGGACAGUCAAUCAAAACUAUGCUAAUAUUCUUUUAAUGCUCUUACGUCUCCGACAGGCUUGUGAUCAUCCACGUCUUGUUAAAGAUAUUGAUUCGGAUCCUGUUGGGAAGGAUUCUGUUGAAAUGGCAAAAACUCUUCCAAGGGAAUUGCUGAUUAAUCUGUUUAAUUGUUUGGAUGCAACCUUUACUAUCUGUCAUGUUUGCAAUGAUCACCCUGAUCGCCCUGUUAUUACCAUGUGUGGCCAUGUCUUCUGUUAUGAAUGUGUACAGGAAUAUUUGUCUGGUGAUGAUAAUACUUGCCCUGCUGUUAAUUGUAAAGAAACAAUCGGUGAUGAUCUUGUUUUCUCCAAAGUUACUUUGAAGAGUUGUAUCUCUGAUGAGGGAGGCACUUCUAGUUCUUCAAAUUCACAUCUUAGUGAUUAUUCGCAAGUGCAGCGGGAUGAUUACACUUCAUCUAAAAUCAAAGCUGUUCUUGAGGUUUUGCAGUCAAAUUGUAACGUGAAAAUAUCCAAUUCUGACUUACAGAACUCUGGAUGUUGUAGAAAUUCCCCGUCGUCUUCUGUUGAUCUAGAUGUUGAUGACAGUGAUUCAGAGGCUAGGGUUGCAAAACACACGAGAAAGUAUUCAGGGUCUACAACCGAAGGAUCGAUAAAGGCUAUAGUUUUUUCCCAGUGGACUAGCAUGUUGGAUUUAGUUGAGACAUCAUUGUGUCAAUAUGGUAUAGUGUACAGGAGACUUGAUGGUAGGAUGACUCUGGGUGCAAGGGACAAAGCUGUUAGGGAUUUCAAUUCUGAACCUGAGAUAACUGUCAUGCUGAUGUCACUAAAGGCGGGAAACCUUGGUUUGAAUAUGGUUGCUGCUUGUCAUGUUAUUCUUUUGGAUCUUUGGUGGAAUCCAACUACUGAAGAUCAAGCUAUUGAUCGAGCCCAUAGAAUUGGACAAACUCGUCCUGUUACUGUGACAAGGAUUACUAUAAAAGAUACCGUUGAAGAUCGGAUACUGUCUCUUCAGGAAGAAAAGAGAAAAAUGGUUGCAUCUGCUUUUGGGGAAGACCAUGCUGGUGGGUCUGGAACUCGCCUUACAGUGGAUGAUCUGAAAUAUCUCUUCAUGGUCUAGACUCAAGACCUCUCCUUGCUUCUUCUUCUCAUAUGACGGAUGGAUAAUUUGAAGUUUUGGUUUGUUUUGGGCGAUUUGGCAUGGAGUUGGAAUGGUUGUUCUGAAGGAGGGUAUGACUUUUUUUGGUGCCUGCUUACACCCUUUGCAAAAUUUGGUAGGAGAGGCUUGGUUGAUCCAAGUGGUAAUUUAAUCUGUUUUGAAGCCCACAAGGGCAAUUUUGUCCUCCAUGCUAUUAUAUAGCUGAAGGCCGUCUGUAAAUAUUCUUAUUAAAUUAUAAUAUGGUUUAUGAAAAUAUGACCUUUUGUUGCAGUGUACAGUUUUCUAGCUAGAUUUGAAUUACUGAUUAUACUGUGGGUCGAGCUGUAUAGAUUGACCCACUCAAUGUGGACUCUUAUUUUAGAACAAAUUCAAAACUUUAAAUGAAUAUACUUACUGUUUGCAAAA